UAUGAGUGUAUGUUGGACGGGAAAGGAAUCUAUACAAUAUUUGGAUUUUUUCUGUGUUUGUUAUUAUUUUUGACUCUACUUGCAGAAGUUUAUAAUUGCGUUGGUUGGAGUGGCAAGCCUAGCUGUCAUGAGUCAAGCUGACGGCGGACACGGGCAUGGAGGAGGAUACGGACACGGGGGUGGACACGGCGGUGGAUAUGGACACGGAGGUGGACACGGCGGUGGAUAUGGACACGGAGGUGGACACGGCGGUGGGUACGGACAUGGAGGCGGGCACGGGCACGGAGGUGGAUAUGGAGUAGGCGGCAUCUCGAACAGCAACUUCAACCUGGCGGGUCCAAAGGGUGGAUACGGCCAUGGGGGUGGCCACGGAGGUGGAUACGGCCAUGGAGGUGGCCACGGAGGUGGAUAUGGCCAUGGAGGUGGCCACGGAGGUGGAUAUGGUCAUGGAGGUGGCCACGGCGGAUAUGGUCAUUAA